AUGUCUCAAUCAUGUUCGAUAAACAAAUGUAUUCGUAUAUCACGUGGUCUGUGUGAUUGUUGUCAACAAAAUCUUUGUUUACAACAUUUAAUUGAACACAAUGCCUCGCUCGUUUCUCAACUCAAUCCUUUAACUGAUGAAGUUAAUGCACUUGGUGAUCGUCUCAAAACACUAAAUAUUCAAAAAACAAUUGGGGAUAGUCGUGAAAAACUUGAACAAUGGCGUGAAGAUUGCCAUAAUAAGAUUGACUGUUUUUUUGAAGAAAAAUGUCAAGAACUUGAUCAACUUGUUAAUGAAAAAGUUGGCCAGCAGCGAGAAGAACUCAAUCGAAUAAAUUUGAAAAUAACUGAACUUAUCAAUGCACAAGAAACAACUCGUCAGGAUAUUGAUUUAUUGACAUUCACCAUUCGUCGACUGGAAAGAAAUAUGAACAAAAUUGAACAAACAUGUUUUACAAUCGAUACUCGUCCAUUAAUAAUAGAUGACACAUUGAUUUCUAUAGAAAAAGUGACUGAACAUGAACUUGAUCUAUCAACUCUUUCACCUGUCUACAAAACAAUUCAUCGUCCAGAGGAAAGUUCUCGAUUGCUAACUGGAAAUGAUCGAUACUUAUUGGUACAUCAAUAUCCAAAUUUAUGUUUAUUUGAUAGAGAAAUGAACAUAGUCAAACAAAUGUUAUGGUCUUACGGUAAAAUCAACGACAUGUGUUGGUCAUCAACAUUAGAUCGAUUCAUUGUGCUUGGAAUAAAUCAUAUCUAUCUUAUUAACGAAAAUACAAUGUCAAUUGAUAAUAUGCAGACAAGUGAAGAACGACUCUGGCUAUCGUGUACAUGUUCUGAUACAGUUCUCUUUGCAAGUACAAAUGAAUGGGGUUCAUCUAUUAUGAAAUUCAAAUUACUUCCAGCAAUCGAAUUGAUUAAAGAAUGGAAAUAUCCUUUUACAUGUGCCAAAGAUGAAGCUAUCACUGAUAUUUUUAAAAUCCAAUUGAAUUUUUUAAUUAUUUCAAUACUAAUAUAUAAAAAUUAUGCAAUUGAUUAUCGUUAUCAUAAUUAUUCCGAAAUGACAUCUAUUCUUCAAGAUUUAGCUUUUCGAUAUCCAACAAAAGCAUCAUUAGUUGAAAUAGGAAAAUCACAAGGAGGAAAAUCUUUAUGGGCUAUGGCACUUAGUGCAUAUGCUCCAAAUGAACAUAUAUUACUUCGACCUGAAGUUAAAUAUAUUGGAAAUAUGCAUGGAAAUGAAGUUGUUGGAUUAGAAAUAUUACUAUAUUUAAUAGAAUAUCUUUUAACAUCAAAUGAUACACAAGUUUAUCAAUUAAUGAAUCAAUCUCGAAUAUGGAUAAUGCCCUCCAUGAAUCCAGAUGGUUUAGAAGAAUCAAUAUAUGGUGAUUGUAUAUUAAAUGCUGGAAGAAAUACAUUGAAUAAUAUUGAUUUAAAUCGAAAUUUUCCCGAUUAUUAUGGUGCUACACUUUCAUCAUCAAUUCGAGCACAAGAAACAAAUGCAAUUAUAUCUUGGCUUGCUAAUAUUUCAUUUGUUCUUUCAGCUAAUUAUCACGGAGGAUCAUUUGUUGUAAAUACACCAUUCGAUCGUUUUUACGUUGAAAGAAUUUCAACUAGUGAUGAUGAUGAUAUCUAUCAAAUGAUAGCACAUAGUUAUAUUAAUCGAACAAAACAAAUAAAUGACUAUUGUUCAGAUGAACAUAUCAAUAGUGAUUAUGUUACACGUGGUGCUGAUUGGUAUGAAGUUAGUGGUGGUAUGCAAGAUUAUGGUUAUUUUAAUUAUGGUACAAUUGAAAUAACAAUAGAAGUAUCAUGUUGUAAAUAUCCUCAAAGUAAUUUACUUGUUAAUUAUUGGAAUUAUAAUCGUGAUGCAAUGAUUGAAUAUUUAUUACAAGCACAAAGAGGUGUAAAAGGUUUAAUACUUAAUGAAAAUUUUCAACCAAUCCCAUCAACACAAGUUAUGAUUAAUAAUAGAAAACCUGUUGUUAAAGUUACAUCAUUAGGUGAAUUUUGGAGAAUAUUAUUACCUGGAACAUAUACUUUAAAGGUACUUUAUAAAAAUAUUCAAAUCUAUAGUCAAGAAAUAACAAUUGAAAAUUCAUUAUCACCAUUAAAUUUAACAAUUAUUAUUUCAUCUGCGACCUAUCCGCCUUAUAUUAAUAUGACAAGUAAAGCAUCAUUAACGAUUAUACGAAAUUCAAUGAAUUCAUUAUCAUCAAUACACUUAAAAAUAAAAAAAACGGCGCAUCGUACAAAUUUUUUAACAAGUAAAGCGUUACAACAACCAUCAAAUGCUAGUUUUGUUGUUUCGCCAUCACGAGGUUCGACAUUUAUAACGAAACGUGUACAUCAACAAUCAUUAAACAAAACAUCAAACAAAAUAAAAAGUGAGCGUCUACCAUCCAUACAACGUCAUCCAACACAGAGUGAAUUUCGACAAUAUUCAACAAACGAUUUGACUUCAAAACGUACUGUUCAGUUUUUAUUGAAAUACAAUAAGUAUCCAGUAAGGCCAAAUAAACAGUAUAUAACAAAAUCAAUGAGUACUACAACAACAAAGAAACCAGUUCCAAUUGUUUCAAAUAAAAUACCAUCAUCAUCCACAACAAGAAGUUCCAGUGAUAGUGAUAGAAGAGCUCGUAAAUUGUGGUGGUCACCUAAACGAAAUGAAGUUGGAAUUCGUUCGAAAAAUGAUACUCGUUUUAAAAAUGUUUCAGCAAAAGUAAAUUCUUUAGCAAAUCGUGAUUAUCGUCCUGGCGGUGGUCAAAUAUCUAUACGUGAUCAACCUAUACAAUGGCAAGCAUCAUCAAAAGUAAAUUCAUUUGCUAAUGCUAAUUGGACAUCUCCACCACCACGUGUUAAUGUUAAAACGGAAAAAUUACAAUGGAAUGCUCAAUCUAAAGUUGAUUCAAUGGCUAAUAUUGAUUAUAAACCUUCUGGUGGUGAAAAUGUAGCAAUUCGUGAUGAAAAAAUUGACGUUAGUCAUGUUACACCACGUGUUGAUUGUGGAUUUGUUGAUUAA